AGAAAGUGCUACAAGACAAUAAAAAAGAAAUUUGGAAACUACAGGAAAGUAUUUCAUCUAUUAGUGUACAGCUGCUUGAAAUGCAAAAUUCUUACAAUGAAGAAGUGAAAUCUACACAGACAGUGCUUUCAUCCAAUGGAUCUAUCUGUGAAGCUCAAGAUGAUUAUAAUAAAACAACUAUUUCAUUCAAAAAGGGUGAAUUACUUCAGUUAAGUGCAAAUGGACAUGAGGUACAAUCACUGGAGACUGGACAGAAGAGUGCUGUUCCAAUGAUAUACGUUGGAUACUCAAGAGUAGAAUUACUUUACUUGUUUCAGUUUGCAAUAACAAAGGGAGGAUUGUCACUCCUACCUGCUCUCCUUGAUGAUGAUAAAAAAGCAGAAUAUUUUGUAGAAACAAUUACUAAUGAUCCUACUCUACUACAAUCAUUGAGAGAAUUGAUCACAAAGGAUAAAUUAUUUAUGGCUAUUAAUAAUUUUGAAGGACUAAGCCCACAUGACCUAACUUUAAAGAAAGGAGAUUUGUUUAAAGUUUUUAAAUAUCAUGAAGAUGAUGAAUGGUGGUAUAUGCAUUCACUUCAUACAGACAGUAAAGGAUAUGUCCAAAUUAAUUGUAUAUUACCAAUUGAAGGAAAAUACUCACCAAUGUAUUACAAGUAUGUCUACUAUUAUGUAGUAAGUCGUAAUGAAGCAGAGAAGAGACUGAGUCAAACAGACACUCAAGCAGGUGCUUUCCUAAUUAGAGAUAGUGAAAGUAAUCCUGGACAGUACACCCUCUCACUUAAUGAUGGAGCUACUAUCAGGCAAUAUCGUAUAAGAAUUGAGUUUAAUAAGUAUUAUAUAUUUUCUCGUGUCAAGUUUAACUCACUCAAUGACCUGGUACAUCACUACAUGAUGAAAGCUGAUGGUCUGAUCCACUCACUAACAGUUCCUAUACCCAAACAAGCAAACAUACCCAUUGCAAUGAAUAAAGAGUGGGAAAUUAAUAAGCUGGAUAUCAAUUUUUCACAAUGCAUACAUGUUGGACACUUUGGAGAGACAUGGAAGGGUUAUUGUAAAGGUAAAGGGACAGUUAUAAUUAAGACAAAUAUAGCAACAGAUAUUACACAAGAAACAUUCGUCAAAGAGGCCAUUAUAUUGGAAAAACUUAAUCAUAAGAACAUCAUCAGUCUAUAUGGUGUUUGCACUGAAAGUUAUCCUUUUUAUAUUGUAACAGAGCCAAUCAAUGGAAACCUCAAAAAUUACCUAACUACAAAUAAUCCUACACCAGCAGAGUUGGUAGAUAUUGCUAUUCAAGUUACUGAUGGUAUGAUGUAUCUAGGAGAACAAGAUUACAUUCAUUGUGAUCUAAGAGCAGAAAAUAUACUAUUAGGAGAUCAUAACACUGUCAAGAUAGCAAACUUUCAUUUUGCCCAAUACCUCAAUGGCAAUAAAUACUGGAAUGUCAAGAAAGAAACUAGGCUAGCUAUAAAGUGGACAGCACCUGAAGGAUAUACUGCAGAACAGCUAAGUAUUAAAUCAGAUGUUUGGUCAUUUGGUAUAUUACUAUGGGAACUGGUUACCAAAGGGGAUCUACCAUACCGUGGUAUGACUGAUAAAGAAGUAAAGGAGGCAGUACAAAGGGGUUAUCGUAUGCCCAUACCGUGGACUAGUCCUGUACCGUUUUAUCGACUUAUUAUAAACUGUUGGAACUAUAAAGAGGAUGAAAGGCCAAACUUUUGGAACAUUUUUGAUGUACUAAUAGAUGCAUCCCCAAAGUCAAUCCUAUUUUAGCAACAUGAAAACAAUCAUCCUUGUGUUUGUAAAUUUAACACAACAUGAAUGGAUAAAAA